GACAACACAUAGCUAGUAUUAGCUCUCAGAUGUACACCACUGCUAGCUUGUCAGUAACAUAACUUCCCUUAUUUUGUUUUGACUGCUGCAAGACAUUUGAUCCCCCUUCUUGAUAAGCACGAGCUAUACACUGUUUUGUUCUUUAUUUGAAGACGUUUGUCUCGUGGAUAGAUGCACCACAGGCUAACAUUAGCAGGCUAAUGGAAGUCAGAUUAGCCAUGUCAACAUACAUGACAUCUUUUUGAAUUGGUGGCAACUUAAGUCCAUUUCUCUGGAGUCGUUUAUGCUAUAUGUGUUUAAUGAGCCAAGUAUUUGAUGCACGUCUAGGAAACUACUGAGUUUCUUGGCUUGACUUGUUGUCCGAUGUUAGCCGAAGCCUUUCUCAAUGAAAGACUUCACGUGUCUCAUUAUGAGACCUUGACAUGACUGACUACAACCCUUUGCUGUCACUAUAACGUCAACGAGUGAAUAAUAGUUUGAAUGAGUUGACAGUGGAUUUGGUCAAACUAUUGUUUGGUUUGCUGUCAUCUUACAUACGACACAUCAUUGACCUUUUCAUCGUCGUGACAUGGCGAGGCGAACUUAAGUUGAUAACGUGCGAACAAAGUUGUCCUGGGUGCAAAAGUUGAGCUGUUGGUUAGGAGCGGCUUGCCAUGCCCCUCGUUCACUGCUUUCACAGCCACGAACAAAAGUUUGCCGGGCUCUCAGAUGUGUCCAUAUCUGAGGACAUUCCGGUAGAAGGAGAUAUUGCCGUGCCGGUGUCAUCCCGGGGGACCGAGGAUGAAUUCUCCACUCUGGACGAGCCGGUCAAAGACACCAUUUUGAGAGAUUUGAAAGCUGUGGGGAACAAGUUUGUUCACGUCAUGUAUCCCAAGAAGAGCUCAGCCCUUCUGCGCGACUGGGACCUCUGGGGACCUUUGCUACUGUGCGUUACACUUGCUCUGCUGUUGCAGGGAGGCUCUGCCGACAGCAAAGACGACGGGGGGCCUCAGUUUGCUGAAGUGUUCGUCAUCAUCUGGUUCGGUUCUGUCAUCAUCACCCUCAACUCCAAGCUUCUUGGAGGCACCAUCUCCUUCUUCCAGAGUCUGUGUGUACUGGGCUACUGCAUCCUGCCUCUGACGGUAGCCAUGCUGGUGUGUCGGCUGGUGCUGCUGCUGGUGUCAUCUGGCACCGCCGGCUUCAUCGUCCGCCUCAUCAUCGUCACGGCCUCCUUUGGCUGGUCCACCUUCGCUUCCACAGCCUUCUUGGCGGACAGCCAGCCAGCCAAUCGUAAAGCUCUGGUGGUGUAUCCCGUCUUCCUCUUCUACUUUGUGAUUGGGUGGAUGAUCCUGACUUUCUCGCCGUCCUCAUAAAAAGGCAUGGACCGAAAUUUGGAGUGUGUGUGUGUAUGCGUGUACUGUACAUGCAUACAUACUCCACAACAUGCAACGUUCCAUGGACUCUCUGUCCGCUCUGGCGGAACCUCUCUAACCUCCCCCCUUGCCAACAGCACCACCACUUACAAACACACCCCUUCUUCCAAAUAGCGCCCCCCCCAUCGGUCGGUGGGAGUGUGACCCGCUGACCGUCAUGGGUCUGGCCAGAGGUGGUUGACGGGAGGAGGGGGUUUCUUUUUGGACUUGAAGAGGAACAUUUGAGGAGGGUUUCUCACUCGGUCUUCCCAGGUUUGGGGAAGGGGAAUGCGGGGUAACAAACUGACUGGUCGACCGACAACCAACCAACCAACCAAACGGCUGGUCGGCCGUGGUUCAUCCAGCCUCACAGACUAAAAUCCCUCUUGAAUGUCAUUCCUGCUAGUCUCUCUAUCCAGCUCUCCUCAGCUUUGCUUCAUUGCAGUUAUGGUUAAGCUAAUGCAGGGUAGGGAUGUUACCCAUGGAGGUGAACACUGCUCCUGUGUCUUUGAAGGGAUUUUUUUUUUUUUUUUUUUUUUUCAAUUACCUUUUUUUUUUUUUGGAAAGCAUCCUUAUCGACGUCCUUAUCUAAUUCAAUCAUAGAUAAUGUCAGGGCACAUUUCUGUGAUGUGUAAAUUCGCUGCAGGUGUUAGGUGCUUUCUAAAUUUGUGUGUGUGUGUGUGCGCGUGUGCAUGUGAGCGUGAACUGUAGUAUGUGUGUGUUGUGUGCUUGUGGGUGGCAGUCGGGUGAACUUGGCGGUAUGCCGCCCCUGCAUUCUGAAGGAAGAGACCCCCCAAUGAGUUCUUCUCCUUGAGAGAAUUAUAAAAUGGAUUAUUGAUUUGAGAAACACGCGCUCACACACACAUACACACACACACACACACACACAUUCAGACUAAUCACAGAGAAACACUAGACUAGUUCAGGUCGUACUGAGCGUUAAGCAUGGCUUAAAAACACACCACAUGCUCCUCUGCAAUUGCACAUCUCCCACUGUCUCAUGUAUUGAUUGAUUGUGUGUGUGCGUGUGUGCG